ACCUCUCAUUCUGCCAAGAUGUUCAAAGCUGGUAGUAUAUUUCUGCAAAAGUCCUGGAUUCUCUUGCAAGUGUGCCUGUUCACUGCCAUUGGUAAACUUCUUAUGAUUUUAUUCCCAGCUACUGUCAAGAAAUAUAUAUUGAAAAAGGGGGGGAAGAACAGCACAGGGAGGAACCCAAAGUUCAUAUACGAAAACUGGGGUCCAACUUUCUUCAGCUUCCAGUACUUACUCUUUGUCUUGAAAGUCAAAUGGAGACAGCUAGAAGAUGAAGCAUUUCAAGGCUGUCCUGCUCCCAACACCCCAGUAGCAGAUUUUGCAGGGGAAAUUCAUCACAUCCUGGAUUUCAUGCAAGAUGACAGGCCUCUGGUCUUAACGUUUGGAAGCUGCACCUGACCUUCAUUUAUGCUGAAAUUUGGUGAGUUCAAGAAGCUUGUCGAAGAUUUCAGUUCCGCAGCAGAUUUCCUAGUAAUCUACAUUGAAGAAGCCCAUGCCUCAGAUGGAUGGGCUUUUGGUAACAAUUUUGUUAUUAAACAUCACCAAACUCUCCAAGAUCGUAUAAAGGCUGCACAAAUCCUACUGAAAGAGGAUCCCUUGUGUCCAGUGGUUCUAGACACUAUGGAAAACCUGAGCAGUUCAAAAUAUGCAGCUCUGCCAGAGAGGCUUUACGUGCUUCGAAGUGGAAAGGUUGUCUAUAAGGGUGGAUUGGGACCCUGGAGUUAUUGCCCACAAGAAGUACGUGAAGUUUUGGAAGGACUACUUUAAAUCUAUAAAACAGCCUUCGUAGCGAUCCCAUAAGUGAACAGUCACUCUUUAGUCUGCUGAUUGAGUUUUUUAACUGUUAUUAAUAAUUUAGAAGAGAUUGUAUCAAUUGUUAAAGGAAAAUGAGAAAGAUGAAAUACCGGCACACUGUCAGUUUAGUAUUUGGCAGUCAUUAACUCUCUAAUUAAGAAGUGCAAUUAACACUAUAAAUUAAGCAUCUUAUGAUUGCACUUACCCUUGAUUACUUGCAAAUAAUAACACCAGUCACUAUGGCCUAAGCAACAUAUGUAAACAUUGUGGAAGUCACCUGAGAAGCAAAAUUAUGGAGAUUGCUCCAUGAAGCAAGCCCUUCAUAGGAAGUGGCUCUCCAUACAGUCCCAAUCUUCUUUUUUAGACAGUGCUACUAAAUAAAACAGCUGUGGCUUUUUGAUAGUUGAUGUGAUAGAAAUUCUGAGAAUUGCAUGAUAGAUUGCUCCACAUGCAGGGUUUCCAACAUGAAGCAGCUUCUCCUGUAUUGAACCAAGGCGAUGGUCUCCUCUUUGGUCACCACUUUGUAAUGGGAGCCUGACAGUUUGCAUUCCCCCAACAGCAUCCCACCCAGUUAGGAUUGCCAGACUGUGGCCAUAAUUCUGAACAGGAGCAACUUUUGGGUUGGGAACUGUUGCAUGGCCCACAGGGCUUGCAGCUCCAAGUGUGCGCUGCGCACAUGAGCUGGAUCAGAGGAAACACACAGUUGUUCCUGACUUUGCUUGCAUUUGCACAUGUGUAGCUUUUGCACCUUUCUCUCUGCGCACAGUAUUUCUGAUUUUGACUGGCACAGAUUACAACAGCUUUCUGAAUGGAACCAUUGUAAUGGCUUGCUCCGUUUUGUUUCUAUUCAUAUUUGUUUAUGAUAGUCAUCGCUAAAAUAUGGAAGGCUGUGGCUUGAUUUUGAAGAUAAGUAUUUUUAGAAACAAGACGCUAAACUAUAAUGAUUAAAACUAUGUCAGACAAUCUU